CUGGUGGACUUUGUCUUUGUUUUAGCUUGCUUGAUUCAGAAAUACGCAUUUGCACCACGCUACGCAACCCAUGCUCAAUGCCUGGCUUCAUUCGGUGCAUCAAACCCCUCUAAACGUCUCUCUUCAACUGAAUUGGCAACAGCAGGAUUCUUUCACACUGGACGAGCCGAUGAAACGGUCUGUGGAGCCUGCUUUGUCGGUCUAAGAGAUUGGCAACCUUGUGAUAUUGAUGCUGAAGCCGUCCAUGCCGAAUUCUCUGGUCCUGGUGGUUGUCUCUACCUCACUACGCGAAGAAUCCUUACAUCAGUUCUUCCACUAGCCAGGAAGAAUUUACCACCAGGUAAAUCAACUUUCGACGCUUCCGCAUCCAAUGUAAUGAAGGACCGAUUAGCAGCUAUUGCAAAAGAAAUGGAAAUCAGCGAUAAUAAUCGAUGUUGGCCAAUUGGGAAUGCUCGUGCACUGGGGUAUUCAGAUGAUGUAAUUCUGUUGGCGCUUUGGAGAUUACAGACUGAGGAAAGUUCCAAAGAUGGUAACUGGAAGAUUGAUCCACAGGGUACAACAGAUCUCCUGAAAGCAAUCCUCCGAGUUCAAGAAAGUGGCCUUGGAGAUGACGAUUUGCCGGAAAUUCCCGGAGGGUCCUUGGAAGAAGCUUCGGAGUUCUCCGAGGAGACGAGCAGUGAGUCAACAGAAGUCGCAGAGGAGUUGGAGGCAGUUCUUGCAGGUCAAAAUGCUCCACCUCAAACUCAUAUUCCCUGCCUCUCACAAAUGCUUCAAUGGUGGGCCAAGACAUGGCUUCCCAGGUCAAUACCAAGUGUCACCGUAACGGCUUCAAGCAGUCCUCGAUCACUACUACGUAGAAAGGCCAAUUCUACUUCAGUUUAG